AUGGCGGACAUUGAGAUGGGCGCGAUGGGCGCCCAGAAGAAAAAGAAAGACAGCAGUCCGGAGAAUACAGAAUACAGGCCAGUGAAUUGGAAAAGAGUGUUCUUCGCACCAAAAUACAUACCAUGGCAUCUUUUGUUCGUUGGCAUCGGAGUUGCGACAGUAAUGUUGACGAUACAUCAUGACGAAGUGGUCGAGUAUCUUCGACCGUUUUCCGAGAAGGUUCGCGACCUACCCGCCGGCUGGCUUAUUCCUAUCGCCAUUUUGGUGAUCUUGUCUUUCCCACCACUCUUUGGACACGAGGUCAUUGCAUUGCUGUGUGGUGUAGUGUAUGGACUCUGGAUCGGUUUCGCGAUAGUGGCGGCUGGGACGUUUAUCGGCGAAAUCGCGACAUGGUUCGCCUUCAAACACGCCCUCAGAAGACGAGCCCAGAAACUCGAACGAACAAACCUCAACUAUGGUGCGCUGGCGCGCCUGACAAGGGAUGGUGGCUUCUGGAUUGUUCUCCUCAUUCGCUUCUCGGCCAUUCCUUCGCAUUUCAGCACCGCUGUGUUCUCGACUUGCGACGUCAAAUUCUGGCAUUUCGUUGUCUCGACCUUUCUCUCACUGCCUAAGCAGAUCUUUCUCGUCUACCUGGGUGUUCUUCUGGUCCAAGAUAAGAAGGAUUCUUUGACGCAAACGAUCAUGUUUGUCAGUGCGUUCAUAAUCACAAUCGUAAUGGCAGGGUGGAUCUGGUUCAAGAUGAAGGGAAUCAAGAAAGUGUUGCUAGACGAACAGGCACAGAGGAAUGCACAAUUGCAGACUAAAGGCGGAGAGAAAGAAGCGGACUUUGAGAGACAUGAUGACACUUGGAGUACUGUUAUACUUCGACCUUGA